AUGAGGGAGCAUCGAGCGCGGGUGGAAGCCGCUCUUGCUACGCUGACUACUGGAUCUCCCCGUGCUGUGACCCCGAGCAGAUCUUCGAUGUGGACUCCUUCAGGAAGAGCGUCUCAAGCCCUGCCUCCUGUAUCGUCUCCCGGAACCGGCCGUCGGUUGUCUUCUUCACCCACCUCAACUGCUCCAGCUGUAUCCUCUUCGGGUCCUCAUCAUCCUGUAUCUUCGUCCCUGGGUCUUCACAGUCCUGGAUCGCUGGCUUCUGCAGGCUUAUCUGGUGCUCUGUCGGAAGUGUCCUCUGUGUCUCCAUCCGCCUGUUCGGAUGUCUCCUCUAGUGCCGCUGUAUUGGAACCAGCGACGAACUCCCGCCCCGGGGAUCUUGGAGCUGAAGCGGAGCCAAUAUUUGAUCUGACGCGAGGCCAAGGCUCUCCAACUCCGCUGGAGGCCCUACGUUCGUUCCUGACGACCUACCUUCCUCGACUUGGGGUUGGUCCUCGUCAAGCCUCCCUUCGGGCCAUUGUGGAUCUAGCGAUGGACUCAGUGGCCUUCUUGCCCAGACUGGAGAUGUUCCUGUUUGACCUUCUGCCUCCGCAGCCUGUGCGAGCUGGUGGACCCCCGAGACGACAGCCUACCAUGAGGAUCACGCGCCGCAUGCAUCGCCGCAUGGAGUUUGCGAGAACACAGGAUCUCUAUCGGAGGAAUCGUCGUGCAUGUGCGCGCUUGGUGCUGGACGGCCCUCCCAAGGAACCUCCUGGGGAUCCUGUGGACUUCCUCGAUUUCUGGACAAGCAUAAUGGUUCCAGGCGAGCCGGACUUCUCUGAGCCCUUGGAGACUGCCCCGCAGGCCGUGGCUCCGGAGGUUCUUGAGCCCUUUUCUGAGGAUGAGGUGCGUGCGGCCUUCCCUGAUGGAAACUCUGCGCCUGGCCCUGAUGGGGUUACAUCGUCACAAUUGAAAGCAGUUCCUGUUCCAUACCUGGUGAUCAUCAUCAAUCUGUUCCUCCUGGCUGGCGACGUCCCGCUUAUCUGCACGAAGCACGGACCAUCUUCUUUCCAGAAGUGUCCCAUCCUGCUGGUCCCGGAGAUUACAGGCCCGUCACCAUCUCGUCUGUACUACUACGCCUUUGCCACCGAGCCUUGGCUAACCGCCUGA